CAGAUUUUUAAAAAGCAAACAUUUGCAUUUGCCCGGUAGGCACAACUACUUGAGUGUUUUACUCGUCUGAUUUGGGCGUCGAUCGUGCGCUCGGGAACUUGCAGACAAGCCCCUCAUCUCUGUGUCUCUGUAUGCUGCGAAUGAAAGCACAGCCCAUAAUCUUUGCGUAGUCUCUGAACAUGUUGGAUCUGUCCUUAAACCACUAGCAUCGCGCUUAGGCCGGUACAAUAGAGCACAGUGGUUAAAAUCGUUCUUAUCACCUAUAACAUCCCUGUUCCUCCGUCUGAGGAAACGAGGCUAGGUGAAUCUACUGUACUCUGGACGCCACGAAAUACUUAAACGCAGCCGAGUGUCUCGAAGUGUCGACCAACACACUUUUGGAAAAUCGAUUUCUUAACUCCCUCGGAUUAUUGGGCAGAACUCUGCACUGGUGGACGGAGCGUGACGACUAUCCCAUAUUCCCGAGUGCGUGUCUAAGAAACUUACUGCCAGGGGUAUUCCAUCGAGACUCGUGUGUGUAUAUACACAAUGUGAGUGAAAAAAAAUCUUUAGAGAAAAAAAAAUAACAAAUAUGCCCAGUAGUAUAAGAAAGCUGCCGAUUGUCUGGAAGAGCAGUGAACAGGCUAAAUGCGGCGGCGUGAUCGAAGCGAUUGCUCCUUCUGGAUUUAACGGCUGCUUGAUUGGACGGUGAUGCCAAUUUACAUCAUCAACCGAACACUUCCAGAGGCGCAUGGUGUGUUGUUAUGGGCAAAUCAGAAAGUCAGAUGGAUAUAACAGAUAAUAACGCUCCAAAAUCAAAAAAGAAGCUGAGAUGGACAUCUUUAGAAAUUGGGCUUUCCACAUUGGUUGUGCUGCUCUUUAUUGUAGUGAUUGCUCUAAUAGUUUUAUAUGUGACAAACACUGGAGAUGGUAUAUGCAAAACAGCAGAUUGCACACAAUCAGCGGCACGUAUAAUUGAAAACAUGGAUACAAGUGCAGAACCAUGUCAAAAUUUCUACCAGUAUGCAUGCGGAGGCUGGCUGAAAAAGAACAUUAUUCCAGAAACCAGUUCUCGAUACAGCACGUUCGACAUUUUGAGAGAUGAACUGGAAGCAGUUCUGAAAGAUGUUCUUGAAAAACCAGCAACAGCUGACAUUGAGGCCCUAAAGAAAGCAAAAAUGCUGUACAAGUCAUGCAUAAAUGAAACCACCAUUGAGAAAAGAGGCGGAUCUCCAUUAUUAGAACUGUUACCCAAAGUGUAUGAGUGGCCUGUAGCAAUUGAUAACUGGGACAACACCUACGGACCAAAAUGGACACUGGAAGAUGCAAUUUCUACACUCAAUUCAAAAUAUGGAAAACAAGUGCUAGUUAACUUUUUUGUAGGGAUAGAUGAUAAAGACUCUAACGCACACAUUAUCCAUUUUGAUCAACCCAGCCUUGGUCUUUCAUCUCGUGACUAUUAUGAAUGUACUGGCAUCUAUGAAGAGGCCUGUAAUGGAUAUGUACAAUUUAUGACAGAUGUAGCAAUACUCAUACGCAAGGAAAGGAAUUUAACUGUUGAUGAGAAGAUGAUUGAAAAUGAACUCAAGUCCGUUAUGGAACUGGAAAAGCUCAUUGCUAAUGCAACUUCCAAACCAGAGGACAGAAAUGACCCAAUGUUGCUUUAUAACAAAAUGGAAUUAAGUGCAAUGGAAAAUAACUUUACAUUAAUUGUUAAUAGCACAGAAUUCCAUUGGGCAAGCUUUACUGAGAAGAUAAUGAAUACAGUGAACAUUUCUGUGACACCACAAGAAAAUGUUAUUGUUUAUGCCCCAGACUACCUAAGAAAACUGAAACCUGUUCUUGCCAACACUGAGAAAAGGACAAUUCAGAACUAUUUGGUAUGGCGUGGUAUAAUGGAUCUUGUUAACAGCUUGAGUCGUAACUACAAAGACACAAGAAAGGCUUUCCGAAAGGCUCUUUAUGGGACAACGUCAGAAACUGCAGUUUGGCGACAGUGUGCAAACUAUGUCAAUGGUAACCUAGAAAAUGCAGUUGGGAGAUUAUAUGUGGAAGAGGCCUUUGCUGGAGAAAGUAAAACCAUGGUUGAAGAAAUGAUUUCCCAAAUUCGAGAAGUUUUCAUUCAGACCUUGGAUGAUCUUAAAUGGAUGGAUCAGGAGACUAAAAUAAAAGCAGAAGAUAAAGCCAAGGCAAUUAAAGAAAAGAUUGGUUACCCUGAUAAUAUUAAAGAUGAUGCCAAGCUAGAUAAAGAAUACAAGGAUCUAAAUUACAAUGUCGAAACCUAUUUUGAAAACAUCCUCCAGAACUUGGAAUUUGGACAAAAGAAACGUUUGAGGAAGCUCAGAGAAAGUGUGGACAAGGAAGAGUGGAUUACUGGAGCUGCCGUUGUCAAUGCAUUUUAUUCCUCAAGCAGGAAUCAAAUAGUUUUUCCAGCUGGAAUCCUUCAGCCACCCUUUUUUGGUAAAGGCCAGUCCAAAUCUUUGAACUUUGGUGGUAUUGGUAUGGUUAUAGGCCAUGAGAUUACCCAUGGCUUUGAUGAUAAUGGUAGAAAUUUUGACAAAAAUGGUGAUCUAACUGAUUGGUGGAGUCAAAAAUCUGCAGAAAACUUUAAAGAUCUCUCCCAGUGUAUGGUCAAUCAGUAUGGAAAUUUUACUUGGGACCUAGCAGGUGGACAGCAUCUUAAUGGCAUUAACACCUUGGGAGAGAAUAUUGCGGACAAUGGAGGAAUCAGACAGUCAUAUCAAGCAUACCAAAAGUACAUUAAAAAGCAUGGAAAAGAAGAAUUGCUACCUGGCAUUGAACUGAACCACAAACAAUUAUUCUUCCUCAAUUUUGCACAGGUGUGGUGUGGGACUUACCGACCAGAAUAUGCAGUCAACUCAAUUAAAACAGAUGUGCACAGCCCAGGAAAAUUCAGAGUUCUUGGAUCAUUACAGAACUUUCCUGAAUUUGCGGAAGCCUUUUCUUGUAAGAAGAAUGAUAAAAUGGUUCCAGAGAAAAAAUGUCGAGUUUGGUAACUGCCCAUUCCUCACCAAAAAUAAGAAAAGAAAAUUGCUGCCUAUUCAACAGACUGUUAUUUCAGUGCCAUUCAAAGCAUAGAAGAUAAACUGUCCAUCUGUAUGCAAUCAUUGGAACAAUAUUUGUGCUGUCUCUCUCACUUUCAAUAUAAAAACUUUAAUAGCUGUAUUAAAUAGGGUGUAAUGCAACAUAUAAGGCAACACUUUAAUAAUAUAUCAUUUUUUAAAAAGAACAAUGCAGUCUAAUGCAUUGGUUUGCAGAAUGUAUAAAAACUUCAGUUAUUGUAAACAAACAAUAUUGCAUUAUUCUAGUUAUUUGCUUUUUUAUGAAGCCUUAUUUUGUAAAUUUGGUGUUUUUUGUUUCUGUUUUUUUUUUCCUUUUUCAAUGUGAACAAAUGGGGGAGGGUCUCAAUUACUAGCAUUAUGGAAAGACGUUUUACUCCACACCAAAGAACUUAGUUUUAUUAUCCCAUGUAAAAUUAAUAACAAUACUAUACGUAUUUUUCAUUUGUAUUAUUGUUAUUUUCUAAAGAUAUUUUUUGUUAAUGAAAUUUUUUUACAUUUUUUAUCUGGUAAUCUAUACCUUAAAAAAUCAUAUUUUAAACAUUUUGUUUUCUUGGAAAAAAUCUGCAGUAUUCUUUGACUUGCAAGCUACAAAUGAGAAUUUAUAUAGCAUUCGUAACUGAAUGUUUUGGACAGAAAAAAAGAGAAUCCUUCGCACUAAAAGAAACAAAAUUUAUAUUGUUCGUUAUUAUAAAGUUAUUAGUGAUAUGGUUGAUAAACAGUAUGUAUUAACAGUGGGAUUAAAAAGCAAAUCCCUUUGGGUGAUUUCAUUGUUAGCAGAAAAUGGUCAUUUUUAAUUUAUAAUAACUUUCACUUGUGUAUUCUUUAAUAUUUUUAUAGUCCUUAAUGCCAAGGAGAUUUACUAUACUGAAAGUUAAACAAAAAUACCUCAGACAACUCAAUUUAGAUACUUUGUAAUAAACAGCUUAAAAAUUGUUAAUAAAUGCUAACUCUAAACUUUC